AUGCCUUUCAAGCUCAAGUUGAAGAAGACGCGGCAGUACAAUGUAGCAUCGAAGAGUCUGUUUGUCAUAAGUGUGGAGCUGUUAGACGGCGGUGUGGCGGACUGCACUCUGUCCGUGGAGAGCACCGGCCAGGAGUGUCUGGACAACGUGUGCCAGCGGCAGGCCAUCAACCAGCCGGAGUUCUUCGGACUGAGAUACAUAAACAGGAACCAACAGCCGCGAUGGGUUCAACUCGACCGCCCACUGAAGCUCCAAUUAGAAAAGUAUGCAUCUUCACAUCAAUUGUAUUUAAGGGUGAUGUAUUACGUGAUAUCCGGAACGAGUCUGAUCACGGAUGAAGUGACGCGGUACCAUUAUUUCCUGCAACUGAAGAAUGAUCUAGUGGAAGGUAGAAUUAUCUGUGAUUGCCAGCAAGCCGUGGUGCUGGCCUCGUACAGCCGUCAAGCGGAGUACGGUAACCACGACCGAGAGCGACACACCGUGGAGUACCUCAAGAACCUGUUGACCUUCCCCAAACAGAUGUUAGAUGGAGGUCAAGUACUGGACAGCAGCAGUCUGGCUGAGACGGGCCGCUUGGAGUGGCUGACGGCAGCCGUCAUACAACACCACAUGUCCCUCAACAACAUGUCACAGGCCCAGGCGGAGGAAGGUUUCAUCACGACGUGUCAGCAGCUCCGCGGCUACGGCCAGGAGAUGUUCACGGCCAAGGACAAGAAGGACCAGUCGGAGGUGACCCUCGCCGUGUCACUGACCGGGGUCCGGGUCCUCACUGACACCAGCGACACGCCGCAUUACUACCGGUGGAUGGACAUAACGAACGUGAUCAACCACAAGCGGACGUUCAGCGUGGAGUGUCAGCAGCGGCAGUCCGCGGCCUUCGUGCUGCCCUCGCCCGAGGACGGCAAGUACGUGUGGCGCAUGUGUGUGAUGCAGCACACCUUCUACAUGCGGCACCAGCACUCGCUCACCGCCGCCACCAACACGACCACCUCACCCGUCACCGACGAACACAGACCCAAGUUCCAGGAGCACGGUCUGUCUGAGAGCCGUGAGGAGCUGGAGCCCCACCCCGCCGCGCUCAGCACCGCCCGCGCGCGCUCCGCCUCGUGUCUGGAACUGGCGGAACAUCGACCACACAUAGCCACCAGAGCCCUCCUUCCGUCGUACCGCCCAGCCCCGGACUAUGAGACGGCGAUCCAGCAGAAGUACCAGCAGCAGCGCGCCGAGGCCCAGCUCCGCUACCAGAACCACUCACACUCUCAACUGUUGGGAGCCAGCGCUCAGCCGCUCCUGUACGGCUCGCACCCCGACAUCCCUCGCGUGCACUACCCGGACGUGACGCGCCACACGGUGUCCGUGAAGCAGCCCGUCGCCGCCGACGACUACUCGUACGGGCUCAAGUUCGUGGGGAACUACCCCGUGGCCGUCAACCCCAACGUGCAGCCCGAGCACGGCCUCCACUACGUGAACGUGUACAAGCCGCCGCCGCCCUACCCGUCCAACGGGCUGGCCUCCAACUCGACCCCGGACCUGGCCGUGGCCAGUCAGGCUCUCAACUACCACCGGAGCUACAUCGACGCGCACGUGACCGGCUCCAGCCCCGACCUCGUGUCCACCAGGAGCGCCCUCAACAGGCAGUACCUCGGAUACGUGAGUCCGCACAGCGUGCUCAACUACGGCCGAGCGACCGUGCUGCCCUCCACGCACGGCACCUACAACAACCUCACCUCCGUCAUGGAGCCCAACCGGAUCAUCGUGGACCCGCACCUGGUGUCCGACAACAUACAGAAGGUGUACGACGACCGGGGGAACGUGAUGUACUCCAUGCCCACCAGGAGGAUAGUGGUGGUGCCCGCCGUGCGGCACGGGGAGACACACGAACCGAUAUACGAGAACGUGCCGCUGCCCUGGACCGCGGACGGCGCGAGGGGGAGGGCGCACAGCCUCACCGCCGGAGACGGGACCGGCCUCAACGACAGGAACGGGAACUGCGGCCUCACCGCCGCGCGGAGCCUCGCCGACAUGGACGACUCGCACUACGUCAACGCGCAGGUCAUCAAGGGAGCGAGGGAGACCAGCGACAACACGGAACAGAAGCACGGCGCCGGUGACGUCACCGAGGACAUGGACAGGAUGUCGCUGAGGAACGAAGACAAGGACUACGACGAGACGCCCUACACCAGCCUGUGCACGCAGAGGGUCACCAACAACACUAUCAGCAAGUCAGCAGACAACGUGACGUCCAUCACGGUCACCGGAGAGGAGCAGGACCCGGCGCCGGGGAAGGAGGCCAGGGAGUCCUCGUACAGCAGCAGUGUGGAGCUGGACGGAAACAACACGAGCAAGGAGAAGAAGAGGAGGAGGUGGGGCGUAUUCAUGGGGAGGAGCAAGAACGGAGACGUGAAGAGCGCCACGCUCGGCCGGGACCGGGGGAAGGCGGGGCAGCCCAACAAGCAUCGCUGGUCCACCGGCCUGCCCAAGUACCAGCCGCUACCACCCAGCAUCACCAAGGAGACGCUGUGUCAACUGUUGGAGCGCCGGAUGUCAGAGGAACAGCUGUCGUACUCGUUCGAGUCCAUCCCGCGGGGUCGCGGCGGGGAGGGGGACUGUGGCCGCCCCUACGACGACAACCGGGUCCGGCUACACCCCACGCCCGCCAACCCGCAGGGGUACAUCGACGCAUCGCACAUCACAAUGACGGUGGGAGGUUCCCAGCGGUUCUACGUGGUGGUGCAGGCGAACAGCGGCGAGCAGGCGGCCCUGCUGUGGGAGUGUGUGUGGCAGGUCGGGGCCAGGGUGCUGGCGCUGGCGGACGGACAGCAGCCGCGCUACCUGCCGCACGACCAGCGGACGAUCACAUACGGACAGUUCGAGGUGUGGUGCGGCGCGUGGUCGAGCACGUCGUGGGGCGGGUCCCGCCGGGUGAGCGUGCGGAGGGGCGCGGGCCCGCCGCGGACCCUGUGGCACGUGAGCUGUGGCUGGCCCGCUGACACCAGCGGCUUCCUGGACUUCAUAUCGGAGAUCAACAGUCUCCGUGAGACGUGCUCGGCGGAGGCGGCGGCCGAGCGCUCCCUCACGCUGAACGCGCCGCUGGUGCUGGCGGGGCGGGCCGCCGGCGUCACGCUGGCCGCCGACCUGCUGCUGCACGUCAUCGACACCAACCAGGAGCUGGACAUCCCCCGCACGGUGUCGUUGCUGCACCAGCAGCGCGCCGGCCUGCUGCCCAGCCUGCAGCACUACCGCUUCCUGCACCUGCUGCUGCUCCACUACCUGCAGCAGUCGCGCCUCAUAUGA